AUGGGCGGAACCAACCUAGUUUACGAACCGGCUUCAACGCCAGCUGGCCCGUCCCAGAAGAAACGGGUCGCAUACGUAAGCUACCUCUUCUAUAUCCUCUAUGAUGGCUAUACAAAUGUUAGAAGUACCUUGAUUAACCUUUUCGUCCCCGUUUCCAGUUUUACGAUUGUAAGCUACAGCCUUUUGUCCCAAAUCCGAUCUUCGGAAGCCACUCCUCCACCAACUUUGUCCCAAUACACCGCUGGUACUUUUAGAUCAAUGGCUAACGACAGUAACUAUGCCUACGUUGCUGGGCACCCAAUGAAGCCACACCGUAUCAGGAUGACACAUUCCCUGAUCAUGAACUAUGGAUUGUAUAAGAAAAUGGAAAUCUACAGAGCCAAGCCUGCCACCCGAAAGGAGAUGGCUCAGUUCCAUACUGAUGAAUACGUCGAUUUCCUCUGGAAGGUGACACCGGAUAACAUGGACCAGUUCACCAAGGAGCAGACGAAAUACAACGUCGGAGAUGAUUGCCCGGUUUUUGACGGACUGUUCGAGUUCUGCGGUAUAUCCGGUGGCGGUAGUAUGGAAGGAGCUGCUCGCUUAAAUCGAGAAAAAUGCGACAUUGCCAUUAACUGGGCUGGAGGUCUACAUCACGCCAAAAAGAGCGAGGCCAGUGGCUUCUGCUAUAUUAAUGAUAUUGUCCUGGGAAUCAUUGAGCUCCUGCGGUAUAAGAAGCGGGUACUAUAUAUUGACAUCGACGUCCACCAUGGAGAUGGAGUCGAAGAAGCGUUUUACACGACGGAUCGCGUUAUGACGGUUUCCUUCCACAAGUACGGCGAAUAUUUCCCCGGAACCGGAGAACUAAGAGAUAUUGGUGUCGGGCUUGGCAAAUAUUAUGCGGUCAACUUUCCCUUGAGGGAUGGUAUUACAGAUGAAACCUAUAAAUCGAUUUUUGAGCCGGUUAUAGGUGCUGUUAUGCAAUGGUACCAACCGGAAGCUGUUGUUCUUCAAUGCGGUGGCGACAGCUUGAGUGGUGACCGACUCGGUUGCUUCAACCUGUCUAUGCGCGGCCACGCUAACUGUGUGGGAUUUGUUAAGAGCUUCAAUUUACCAGUACUUGUACUUGGAGGAGGAGGAUAUACGAUGAGGAAUGUGAGUAGGACUUGGUGCUACGAGACGGGUGUCUUGGUUGGCCAGAACCUUACACCAACACUACCAUACUGCGAUUUCUAUGAAUACUUCGGGCCCGAUUAUGAACUUGAUGUUCGACCGUCCAAUAUGGAGAACCUGAAUUCUAAGGAGUAUCUCGAUAAGAUACUAGCCUCCGUCAUCCAGAAUCUCGAACGCACGAAGGCGGUUCCAUCCGUACAACUUACUAAUGUGCCAAUGGACCAUGAACGCUAUAGAGAGGAGCAGGAAGCAGCGAUGGACGACCAUGAGGAAGACACACACGCCGAUACAAGGCAUUUACCUCGCCAAGCCGACAAAAGAAUCAUCCAUCCGAUGGAGGAUUCUGACUCCGAGGAAGAAAUGGAGCGUUUCAUCGCGAAUAAGCGAAACAGGCGACGUCACAAGGACGUCGACCUUGAUACGCCUGGUGGAAAUUCGCGUACCCCUGGGUCCGGGGCUAUCACGCCAGCUGGGAAAUCGGGGCCCGCUAGCGAUAGUGGUGCCAUUCCUGCGAUCACGGAACCCGAAGAAAUGGCAGUCGACGACGGCGAGCUGGCUGACGUCGAGGAAGAUGCCGUCGACAAAAUGGACACCGACGAUGUUUUGACGCCGGCACCUCCGGUUGUCACGUCGAACCCUGUGCUUGCGUCGACCGCAGUCACCCCGGCGGAGGGCGGUACGCCGGUGGUGGUUAAUAGCACCGCCGACAAUAUCAAGACGGAGGCAUCGGCCGAGGUGGAUAUGCAGGAUGCCGACCACCUGGAGGUGGCAGAGACGCCCGUUGGGGAUGUCACUGCCACCGAGCAGGUGAAGGCAGACACGUCGGCGCCAGCUGGGGACGUCGAGGGGGCCAAGGAGCCCAAAGAGGAGGUAGACGGGGAGGCCACCACGGCCAAAGCCAAAACCCCAGAACCUACCGAAGAUCAGGAGAAGGGGAAGGAGGCCGGGCCUGUCGAGGCCUAG